UUACUCUUUUAGAAAAUUUGACAUGGUUCUAGCGAACUUCAUCGGGGCAUGGUCUCAUAAGAUGCUUAGGCUUGGUCCAUGACUCCAUGGCGACGUGGAGCAUAGCUGAAGCUUCAUAGGAGCUUCAUGCUCGUUAAGUUGUUUGUUGAGUAGGGCACUUUCUUCAAAGUCUGUUUGGAUUCAGGUGUUUGGUAAAGGAUUAAUGCUUUAUCCCCUGUUUGUCCUUUAGUCUUCCAUGACGGCCUACAUCUAGUCCUGUGUGUCGGAUCUUGGGACCCAUGCAUACUUCCCGGGCUUUAAGAAGCACUGGUUCCCCUUCCAUUCUUCCAUCUAAGGUUACAAAUACCCUUCCCCCUACAUCUUGAGCAAGUAGCUCUCUGUCUCCGGUUCAACAUGUCAAAGGCUCUUGCCAGGCAAGUGUCCCGCGCUGUGGGACUCGCGACGAGAUCGAUUCUCUCACCAGCCAGCGUCCGAUGCCUAGCAACUUCUCGUACCAGCCAGAGGUCUAUCUCUGCACGCCCGAAUCGUCGCGAGGUUGCUCUGCCUACACAAUCUCAGCCCAAAUCCCUGGUCGAAUAUGCCGUAACCACGCUCGACAAACUCGCCAACUGGGGUCGUCAAUCAUCGAUGUAUCCAAUGACGUUCGGGCUCGCAUGUUGCGCCGUAGAGAUGAUGCACAUCGCCGGGCCACGAUACGAUCAAGACCGAUUCGGCUUCAUGUUCCGAGCGUCUCCGCGCCAGUCAGACGUCAUGAUUGUCGCGGGUACCGUCACAAAUAAGAUGGCGCCGGCUUUCCGUCAAGUCUACGAUCAGAUGCCGGAACCGCGUUGGGUCAUUAGUAUGGGGAGCUGCGCCAAUGGCGGAGGGUAUUAUCACUACAGUUACUCUGUCGUCCGCGGUUGUGAUCGCUUGGUUCCGGUAGACAUCUAUAUCCCUGGAUGCCCGCCGACGAGCGAGGCGCUACUUUAUGGGAUGUUGCAGUUACAACGGAAGAUGCGUCAGGGAAGGAAGUCGAGAAUGUGGUAUCGCAAAUGA